AUGUCAACAAGAUUAUCGUCUGUGGGGUUAUAUUUGAAAGAUUACUUCGAAAAAUUAUAAAAUCGCGAUUGUAAAAUGUGUAAAGCAUCAACAUGAAGUGCUGUGUGCCUGGGUGUGAGCAGAAAAGUAAAAAGGGCUUCGGAUUCGCUCAAAUAUCCCAACUAAAAUGACGGCUGAUCAAUUGUGGCCACGAAUUUUCCUCGAUGCCCAUUCCAAAACACCCUGUAUGUAUAGUUCAGUGAUUCACGGUGAACAUCAGAACGGGUCCAAAAAUGUCUACAGAACCGAGGACAGGAGAGAGGAUGACAGAGGUAGGGAUCGUUCUCCGCUCAGAGCCGAGGAACGUAGCAGUACAGACGAUUGCGAUCAGCUGGAUGCAAAGAAACAGAAGUUGGCGUUUGGCUUUGGGAAGAAGGCUGGCAAUGAACAGAAGAAAGGAAUUCAAAUUAAAUUAGGUUCUUUCUCCAAGUCAACUGCGAAGACAACGACAGUAUCAAAACCGACAGUAGCCUCGGUGUUCAACGCAGACGAUGAUGAAGAACCAGAGGAGAUGCCGGCAGAAGCGAGAAUGAGGAUGCGAAAUAUCGGACGUGAGACACCAACAUCGGCUGGACCAAAUUCGUUCGGCAAAACAAAACAGGGAUUCUGCGACUCUAAAAAGAUAUUUGAGAAAACGCUAAAGAAAGCAAUGGAAGAAGCAAACAAAUGAUUUUUCAUACAUUAUAUAUAUAUAUAUAUAUAUA